AACACUUCUCUCUCACUCAGCCUUCGCUAACGACCGGCGCUCGCUCUCUGACUGCAUUGUCAGCUGCUGAAGAUAACAUUUUCUGUAAUUCUAAAUCUCUGCGUGAGAAAUUCCAACAAGACAACAUGUACAGCUCUGUAACUGUGAUUUUGAUGUCACUGCUAAUUCCUGAGUUGGUUCGUGGAUGGUGUCAAUUUAUUCCACAGGAAACUUUGGCCAUUCCUGGAAAGAAAAUGUCAUUAGACUGUCUUUACAAGGACUCCAUCCGGGUUCCUUAUCGGCAGAGCUACCGCGACGAAAAAACCUGUCAGGACUGUAGCUGCUCAGAUAGUGGACUACAAUGCUGUGGAUUUGGAAACAACGCCGGGGUAUUUCACGUUGAGGGAUGCAUCGAAAAGAAGGACGGUUGUUAUUCCACGUAUGUGGACGCUAACGAUCCAACAAAGCCUUGCCCCUCCACCCAGACCACCACCCAGGCCCCACCUGUGCAUAACGAACAGGUGCCCGAUAAUCAGGUUUACAGAAAUCCGUUUGCUUCCAAGGGUCAGGAUUCCAGGUACAACCCGUUUAAUAGCCCAAACUCUCUGUAUAAUUUCAAUUUGAACGAGAAGCCAUCAGAAGACAAAGCCGAGAGACAGCGGCAGUACGAGUUCCUCCUGUCCCUGCUUCAGUACUACAUGAUCAACGGCAGUUAAUCCGGCCCCUUAAUCCGGGGUCAAAGGGCACGGUCGAGGCUACAGAAAUCCAUCGUUUUAUUAAUUUAUUAUUAACUUUAUUUAUUGAUUUGAUAGAUAUGUAUUUUAUUUUAUUUUUCGUUUUCGUCUUUUCGGGAAUAUUUAUUAUGUGUCACCAAUUCACAUUAAAGAAUACGUGAAUGCAAGUCUUGGAGACCAUGUUUGUUUGGUAACAUUUGUCUAAUGAAUGUUUGUGCAAUUGUGUUUGGAUAAUAAAAGACAAUUGAAAUUAAA